AUGCCAAAUAUAUCUGUGUUGGCAAACACUUUCCAGAUUCAGCAAGAAUAUUACAGGCCUGGAGAUCUAAUGAUUGGUGGGAAUUUGCUCCUGACAAGCAUUCACUACUCUGAAGACCCAGAUUUUAAAACAAACCCAUCCAAGAUUCCUUAUAGACUCAUGCCCAUCCCCAAGAACUACCAGCAAUUCCUGACUUUGAAGUUUGCAGUCUCAGAGGUCAGCAAGGACCUGGUUCUCCUUCCCAACAUCACUCUGGGUUUCCAUAUUUAUGACAAUCACCAGACUGAGAGGAAUAGUUCUUUAAUCAGCUUCUCCCUUCUCUCCACACGAGGCCAAAUGGUUCCAGGCUAUAAAUGUGGCAGGCAGGGCUCUCUGCUCUCUGUCAUCGGAAGUGGCAACCCCAGAUCCUCAAAGCAGAUGGCCUCCAUCUUCAGCAUUUUCAAGGUCUCACAGUGGAACUGGGUUGGACUGGUGGCCUCUAAAGGUGACAGUGGAGAACAUUUCAUCUCAUACCUGAUUCCAUUGCUGGAAGAGAAGGAGAUCUGCCUGGCCUUCCCUGAAAUAUUCAGUUCCGAUCUUCCUGCUAUUGACAUAUUAGGAAUACGCCUUGUUUUCAAGAUUUUGCUGGAAGUUGAAGGGAUUAUUCUGUUUGGAGACUCCAGUACUAUAUCAUUGGUGGUGUUCACUCUGCUUCGGUUUGGAAAAUCCAUAUUACUGCAGAAGGUUUGGAUCAUACCUUCCCACUGGGAUCUUAGUGUGGUGGGAUCUCAAGAUGUCUUGCAAUUUAGAAAGUACUUCCAUGGGGCUUUGCAUUUUAAGGACCACACCAGAGAUGUGCCAAAAUUCAGCCAUUUUCUCCUCUCUUUAAAUCCUUUGAACCCAGAAGGAGAUGACUUCCUCCCACUGUGGUGGGAAAACAUCUUUAAAUGCAAAAUCCCCCAACCAGGACUGAUCCUUCCAAAGAGGGCAAAACCAUGUACAGGAAAGGAGAAUUUACAGGACCUGCCAUCUUACGUGUUUGAAACAAGCAUGACAGGUGAAAGUUACAAUGUCUACAAUGCUGUUUAUGCUGUUGCACAUACCUUACAUGCAAUGCAUGGAUCAAGUGCACAACCAAUGAUGAAGAGGCUCGGAAAAAGGAUCUCAAAUGUCCGGCCAUGGCAGCUUCUACCCUAUUUGAGGAAGGUCCAGUUCAACAACACUGCUGGAGAGGAAAUCUCCUUCUCAGAAGAUGGACUGGGAUCCCCUCGUUAUGAUCUUCUCAACUGGAUUUUCCUCCCCAAUGAAUCUUUUGUCCCUGUGAAAAAGGUGCCCCUUGCCAGGUGUAGCAUGAAGAGGUGCCAGGCAGGAGAGAGGUGCAGAGUGCCAGAGGGCAAGCAGAUCUGCUGCUACCAAUGUGACCCUUGUCCAGAAGGGACCAUUUCUAAUCAGACAGAUACAGUUCGCUGUGACCCUUGCCCAGAAGAUUACUAUCCCAACGAGGACAAGGUCCGGUGCAUUGCCAAGAAGAUCCACUUUCUUGCCUAUCAAGACACCCUGGCAUCCAUUUUGGUUUCUCUCACUCUUUCUCUUUCUGUGACUACAUCUGCAGUUCUGGUGAUAUUCCUUAGACAUUGUGACACUCCAACUGUCAAGGCCAACAACCGAGAUCUCACCUAUGUCCUCCUGGUCUCCCUUCUGCUCUGCUUCCUCUGCUCCUUCUUCUUCAUUGGUCGACCCGGGACUCUCACCUGUCUCUUCCGACAAACUAACUUUGCCAUUUUCUUUUCCCUUGCAGUUUCCUCUGUCUUGGCAAAAACUGUCAUGGUGGUUUUGGCUUUCAUGGCUACCAAACCGGGGAACAAGACAAGGAAACUCUUAGGAAAACCUCUGACCAAUUCCAUGGUGAUAGCCUGUCCCCUGAUCCAAGCAAUUAUUUGUGCCACCUGGCUGGUUACCUCCCCUCCAUUUCCCAACAUGGAUUUUCACUCCUUCGUAGGAGAGGCCAUCUUGGAAUGUAAUGAAGGCUCAGCUUUGAUGUUUUAUGCUGUCCUGGCCUAUCUGGGUUUCCUGGCCCUUGUGAGUUUCACAGUGGCCUUUCUGGCUAGGAAAUUGCCUGACAGCUUUAACGAAGCUAAGUUCAUUACUUUCAGUAUGCUGGUCUUUUGCUGUGUUUGGAUCACCUUCCUCCCUACCUACCUGAGCACCAAAGGGAAAUACAUGGUGGCCGUGGAGAUCUUCUCCAUCUUGGCCUCUGGGGCUGGUCUCUUGGUUUGCAUCUUUCUCCCCAAAUGUUAUAUUAUCCUGUGGAGGCCUGAUCUGAAUCACAGAGAAAAUAUCAUUAGGUGCAAGAAUUUCUAA